AUGACUACUGAUACGAAGACCAUAAUUGUUGUUGGUGCUGGAGUAUUUGGUGUGUCAGCAGCAAACCACUUAUAUAGGGAGUUGGAUGCUACAACGUACAAAAUAAAGCUUAUCACCGCCUCCGAUUAUGUAUAUUUUUUACCUUCCGCUGUGCGUUUAAUGAUAUCUAAAGAAUAUUCUAGUUCAAUCCUGCCGCUAAAAAAAGUCCUUGACGAUGGAGUUCAGGUAGUAAAGGAUAAGGUUGCUAGCUUUAACCCCAAAGACUUGGUUUUGGAGUCAGGAGAGGUAGAAAAAUUCGAUGUGUUGAUCCUUGCAACAGGCUCAAAAUGGCCUGAUCCAAUUAGUUCAACAUGUGAGUUCGGAGAUAAUUAUAAAACGCAUUUUGAAAAAGAAGCCUCUCGAAUUGCAGAUGCUAAUCACAUACUUUUCAUCGGGGGUGGCUUUGUUAAUUGCGAAAUAGUUGGUGAAUUGAUAUUUAAAUAUGAAGAUGAGAUCAGAUCUGGUAAAAAAAGCAUUUCCAUCAUUCACAAUUCUGAUAAGUUGUUGCCGAAUUCAGGCCUAUACGGCGAUACUUUAAGGGAAAAGGUAACGAAUUAUCUUGCUGACCACGGUAUCAAGCUUUACUUGAACACAGUAGGGAGUUUCUCCAGUACCACACCGAACCGUAUUGUUUUUGGCGAGAGCGCAUUGGAGCAUGUGGAUGCAGAUUUGAUUUAUAAAGGUGUUGGAAUCUCACCAAACGUUCCAUUAAAUUCUAUUUCAAACCUUUGCGAUAAUAAAGGCUUUAUUCAAGUCAAAAGAAAUUUCCAGGUUAAAGCCAUUGAAGAAGGAAAUAUUUUUGCAAUUGGAGAUGUUACAAACUUCAGGUACCAUGGGCUAUUCAAAAGGGACAAUUGGAUUGACGUUUUGACACGUAACGUUAUGGGCUUUCUGAAUGAGGGUUCGAAAGCCAACCUUAUCAAUGCAAGUUCGUAUGAAUCAGGACACGCUCCAUCUGGUGUUUCACUCGGCCCGAAUGUGGGGUUCGGGCAACUACCAGUUCCUUUACUUGGAACCUUUAAUUUGCCAUCGUUUUUGGUUGCUAGGGCAAAAUCAAAGAAUCUCCUGAGUGAUAAAAUGGAAUCUUUAUUUAAAAAUUAG